GUGGAAAGAAGAAAUAGGAUUAGCCAUUUUUGAAAUGUCCUCUCCCUUUCCCUGCGGGAGAGGGCUGUCUCGAGCUCCUGUUGCGCCCCUUUUUCUCCCGCCGUCUUUCCUCUCGCUUUUUCGUUCUUUCUCCCUCCCCACAUACAAAACAAACCUCUCUGCAUCCUUCUCUCGCAUCUCUUUCGAAUCCCUCACUUCCUCCCUUCACACCAUGCACCGACGAGAGCGCUGCUGUGGGUGCAUCCCUUUCAGACUCGCAACCUUUCUCGGCGCCCUCUUGCUGGGCGCCUUUGGCGCUGCAGGAACCUAUCUGUACUUCACUAACAGUGAUCUGCCCAAACGUGCGAUCUCUGUAGGGGGCAUUUCAGUCUCGCCGCUGGCAUCUGGUCAGGCUUUGUGGUACUAUGUGGCGGCUGUGAGUGUGCUGGCUGCGGCGGUGGGUCUCUUUGGCAUGGUCUCAGCGCUCGCUGCCAGUCGAAGAUUCGUCAAGGCAUUCGAGGCGUUCUAUGUCCUCUCGUUGAUGACACAGUUUGCACUCAUUAUCUGGGCCUUGAUCUGGUGCAAGCAGAACCAGACCCAAUUCGACACAGUUUGUACAGCCUCCAAGGACGGCAACGUUGAUAUUCCUCUUCCAGGAUUCGUCUCUGACUGGUCAUGCCAAAAGAUUUUUACCGCCGGAAUUCUUACCAUCGGUGUUGGUGGAAUAAUUUGGAUCGCCUUCAACUUCUACAUGACCAACCGUGUGAUCCACUAUGCGCGCGAGCUAUUUGCCGAAAAGGCCAACCGCUACAAAGUCUUGGGCGAGGCUGCAACUAAAGAACUUGACCGUGAGCAGCAGAUUCCUCUCAACUACACCAACGUUGGCUCAUCCAUGAACGAUCGCGAAGGCUACCAGAGCAAUCAUCCUCAGCAGCCUUCAUACAGGGAUGAAAUUGAGUACAAGGACCCUCGAGGUGCUGAUGCCUUCCAGCAGUCUCGCGCUGCAGCCGCCGCCGGAUUUGGCGCCUAUGGACAUGAUUUGGGCCAGCACCAGCACCAGCAGCCUGUCGCUCGCGGAUUCAGCCAUCGUGAUUCGGCACAGGGUCUUGACCUUGUGAACCCAUAUUAUGGGGAGCAUGAUACCAUCCCUGGACCCACAAAUGUCGAUCCCACACCCAUUCAGCCUUCCGUCGCUCCCGCAGCUCCCUUUGUUGCGCAGGGACCGGGACAGUCUUUCGUUCAUGCCUCCACAAACAAGAUUCCUUCUCCUUUUGACGAAGAUGAGCCCGUCGCGCCAGCAGCCCCACCAAUUAUGGAUGGCAUCAAGGUGCCUUUGCCUGCGUCACCGCGAGAUGGAGACAUAGUAUCGCCCACAGGGGGCUCGGCACCAACUAAUGUUCUGUCUCCCUCCCCGUCCACACAUCAAAUUCCUGCAGGAAGCCAUAGUGGCGUUGGCCAAAGCAGCGGCGAGCCUUAUCAGUUCUAACUGGCUUUGCGCAUUUCAGCACAUUACAUAACUUGCACAUAUCCACUGUACAUCUCUCUGCCAUAUAUUCAUACAUUCAUUCGGAAUAAAAUAAGUACCAAUAUUGCCAUCUGACU